UAAACCCAUACAGUUGAGUAACAAUCGUGACGGAAAUCAGCCGUCGACAUAUUGUAUCGAGUUUGUUCACUGCACCGGCAGCCUCCUGCGGAAGGGUAACGCUCCGUAGUCUAUACACUGUCUCUCUCAUCAGUUACGCAGUGCAUCAGGAUACAACGAAGAUGAAAGGCGGUUUAGUGAUCUCGCUCCUGGUGUUGUGUGCUUUAAGCACUCCUCCCCAGGCUGUCGGCCUAAAGGAAGCCCGCUUGCGUAGGGAAACAGAAGCAGAAGACCUCACUGAGGAUACAAUUGACUUUGCACAGUACCAGGAUGGGGGCAAGUGCUUUCAAACUCCAACAACGUACUACGGAUACUACAGAUCUUAUUUAGACGACCCAGUGCUAGACGACAUGUGCCUGAUUGCCAAACAGCUGGGUCCACCAGUGAAUGGGACUGUUGCGUUUGAUGCUGCCUACCUGAGGAACGGGGAGGUUGUGAGAAGACCAAAUAUCCUGACGCCCCAGUGCUCUACUCAUGGCUCAAAUGUUAGCGACUGCAUUCGUGUUCCAGUUCACGACAGUCCAGGUGCUGAAUACGUGCAGUAUAACUUUCUCUACUUCAAAUGUGGAACCUGUGCCGUAGUCUGGACACCACAACUUGCGGAGGACGCCUGCGUCUUAAGAGUGACGGACCUGAACAACAUUGACGAAUCCUGCACGCUCGCUUAUGAUCGCUUUUGUGGGCCGCAUAAGUACCUCAUCUACGAUGAAGACGUAUGUCCUGAGGUCUACGAGACUCUACAGUGAAUAUGGCACGCUGACACCACGAAAGUCACCGUGUGCGUCACCAGCCAAGAACGUUUUGGUUACUAGGAUGCAAAUAAAGAGCACGAACAAAAAACAGCA